AUGUGUGACCUCGGCCGCAACGGUGCGCGCCGACCUGUCGGCGUGCAUUGUGCCGCGCCCGACGCGAAAGUGCCCACCGUCGUCGUGCGCGCCGACCAAGCGCUUGGUGUGCCUGAGUCGGUGCCGUUGCGCAAGUCACGUGCCCAGUGUCACGUGCCCAGCGUCACUGGCAGUGUUGUGAAUAUUUAG